AGGUGUUGUACCGUUGUCCCUUCUCCUACGGACUGCGUCACUACGCCCCCUCCAGUCGGCGGUGAGAUUCAUAAACGUUGUUUAAAACCGAGUGGCUAUUGAGGAGGCUGUAAAUCCAAGGAGCGCUCAUGGCUCAAGCAUUUGAGCUUGCAAAACAUAAACUAGUGUUGGUGGAUUUCCCAAUCGACAGACCAGAUUGUCUUGACAGCAAACCAUGUUCUGCGCCUUUACAUUAGACGUAUUAGCCUUUAGUUUGUGCUUUAUAAAGUGAUCUUGUCAUCAGAAAAAAUAUAUUUUUUAACGUGCGGUUUUCUUGAUCUCUGAUUAUUUUUGUAUUUGAUGCGGGAUAUGUUUUACUUGUUUUAUGCAGGACCGGUGAGCAUUUAAACCAUCAGUUUGAGAACUUCGUGGUAGGUUGUUUUGUAUUAUUUAUGUUAGCCUAUAGCAAGUAGUGAAAGUGGAUGUGGUGUUGGCAGCUGUGCUCAGAGCCAAAGCAACAGCUGUUUCACUGUUGUUUAUAUGACUGUGUGUCUGAAUGAAUGAAUGCGAAACCAGUAUAUUUGACAAGAACAAGAACAGGAAUAUAAACACCCCUGAAUCUUCCAAUAUUUGUUAAAUGGGCGGAGAAAAAACGACCCAUUGGAUCAAUUAGCUUGCGUGCAUGCUUUUGUGUGGGUCAAUUUGGACUUUGUAGGCUAUUGUGCGUGAGGUCUACCGGCAUUCGUGUUCUUUCGGCACCAGUACAGCCUGCUAAAAGAAUGACUGGAAGUGGCGUUAAGUAACUUUAUGUACAUAGUGUAAGCUAUGUCUUCAACAAUAACGGUGGGAGGUUAGGUGUAUUUUUCUAUUGAGCUCAUUAAUAUUGUUGGUACACAAAGACUGUAUAGGCUAAACGUUACCGUUCUUUUUGCUAUAAAUGGAACACAACCAUCAUCUUUCAAAACAAGUAGACUAUAAUGCAAUAUGAAACAAUAACCGACUAUGUUUUCCGAAGUGGCUAAUUUAAAUUACAGCGUUAACGGAACUGGUGAAGACUCUCUCAAUUAUUUGGAUCAGGAUUGGAAUGAUAACCCUACCACCAAACUCUCACGAACUGGACUGAAUGUUCUCGCUGUUUUUUUGGGAUCUAUCAUGGUGUUUGGCUUCAUCAACAACCUAGUGGUAUUGGUCCUCUUCUGCAAGUUCAAGACGCUCCGUACCCCGGUGAAUAUGCUGCUGUUGAACAUCAGCGUGAGCGACAUGCUUGUGUGCCUGUUUGGAACCACGCUCAGCUUCGCCUCUAGCAUCAAAGGACGGUGGCUGGCAGGUAGACAUGGAUGCAUGUGGUACGGCUUUAUCAACUCUUGCUUCGGCAUUGUGUCCCUCGUCUCCUUGGCCGCCCUCUCCUAUGACCGCUACAGCACACUCACCGUCUAUAACAAGCGGGGCCCAGACUACCGCAGGCCCCUUCUGGCCGUCUCGGGGUCCUGGCUCUACUCACUGUUCUGGACAGUGCCCCCCCUACUGGGCUGGAGUAGCUAUGCCCUGGAAGGUGCUGGGACCAGCUGCUCGGUCUCGUGGACUGCAAACACAGUGGGAUCUCACUCCUAUAUUAUUUGCCUGUUCAUCUUCUGCCUGGGUGUACCGGUGAUUGUCAUGGUAUACUGUUAUGGGAGAUUGGUCUACGCAGUGAAACAGGUCGGCAGGGUCCGUAAGUCGGCUGCACGGCGGAGAGAGUAUCAUAUUCUGUUCAUGGUGAUUACAACUGUGGCAUGCUACCUGGUCUGCUGGAUGCCCUAUGGUGUUGUGGCCAUGAUGGCCACGUUCGGCCCGCCAGGACUCAUCACACCCAUUGCCAGUGUGGUGCCCUCAAUCCUGGCAAAGAGCAGCACUGCCAUCAACCCCAUAAUAUACAUCCUUAUGAACAAACAGUUCUACAGGUGUUUCCUGAUCCUCUUCCACUGCAAGCACCGUGCCCAGGAAAAUGGCCAGUCCUCAAUGCCGUCCAAGACCACGGUGAUCCAGCUCAACCGCCGCGCGCUCGGCAACGCGCAGGCCAACGCUGCCGCCGCCCCCACCGCUCCCAACCCUCAUGAGUGCAGCACGCCGGAGUCUGAGAAAACAUACCCCCCCGAGGAGACCACCAUACCACCCUCACCGUAACAGCCACCUAGCUGUGUGUAGGUGUUUGUGUAUGAUAGUGAGUAUGUGUGUAUUUGAGUGUGCGUGUGUGUGUGUGUGUUUGUGUGAGUGUGUGAGUGAGUGCUCGUGUGUUGUAGGUUCCUAACCCCUUGUGCAAACGUGAAGUUCCAGUGUUUCAUCAAACAUGUCUCAGAGCGAUCUCUCCACCUCCUGAGUGGAUGUAGGGCUUGUAGUUUCUAUACUGUGCAUCUGGUGAUCAACCCUGCAGUGAUUGAUGGAAGUGUCUGGUUGUAUGGACAUGGAAGUGUCUGGUAUCUGUAUAUAUAUAUAUAUAUUUUUGUUUCUUCUUAUCUUUCAUUUCCAUACCUCUCUGCUUCAUCGAUCCAUGUGCUCCCUGAACUGAAGCCUCUGGAAUGUCACGUACGUGUUGCGGUGCACAGCAGGUUUAUAAAAUAAAAGUGCAAUAACUCUC